AUGGGCCGCAAUCUCGACACCGAGCAAGCGGAAGCACCCAGGAGCAGCAAGAAGGAGAAGAAGAGCAAGAAUGACAAGAAGCGGAAGCUGGCAGCCGAGGCCGAAGCCGAGGCGGCGGCGGCGGCGACAGAGGAGGCUGUCAAGAGCAGCAAGAAGAAGAAGCGGGUGGAGAAUGGACCCGGCGCAGGAGGAGGAGGGGAGGCGGAGAACGGCGCUGAGAAGGCCGUGGCGGUGACCGGGAAGGGCUCCGAGGACCCCAAGUACGCGCCGCUUCGGUCGUUCUCCGCUGCCGAGCUGCCGUCCCAGGUGCUCGAAUGCUGUAGCGCGUUCGCGCGGCCGUCACCCAUCCAGGCACACGCCUGGCCGUUCCUCCUCGACGGCCGCGACUUUAUCGGCAUCGCCGCCACCGGAUCCGGGAAGACAAUUGCCUUUGGCGUGCCGGCGCUGAUGCACAUCAGGAAGAAGGUAGGGGGGAAAUCAGGGAAGAAGAAGGCCGUGCCACGGUGCCUUGUGCUAUCACCAACGAGGGAGCUCGCUCAGCAGGAUAUAGUCAUAGGAACUCCUGGUCGUAUGAAAGACCUUAUUGAAAUGGGUGUUUGCUGUCUUAAUGAGGUUUCGUUUGUGGUUCUAGAUGAAGCAGAUAGGAUGCUGGAUAUGGGUUUUGAACCUGAAGUCAGGGCAAUUUUGAGCCAAACAUCAUCUGUACGUCAGAUGGUUAUGUUCAGUGCAACUUGGCCUCUUGCUGUCCACAAAUUAGCCCAGGAGUUUAUGGAUCCAAAUCCAAUUAAGGUUGUUAUUGGAUCAGAAGAUCUUGCUGCUAACCAUGACGUGAUGCAAAUUAUUGAAGUAUUGGAUGAUAGAACACGAGAUUCAAGAUUACUUGCCUUGCUUGACAAAUACCAUCAAGCACAAAGCAACAGGGUUUUGGUUUUUGUGCUGUACAAGAAAGAAGCUGCACGAGUGGAAACAAUGCUUCAGAGAAGGGGAUGGAAGGCUGUUUCAGUCCAUGGAGACAAGGCUCAGCAUGAUAGAACAAAAGCUUUAUCUUUAUUUAAAGAAGGGAAAUGCCCUUUAAUGAUUGCUACAGAUGUCGCUUCACGUGGACUUGAUAUUCCUGAUGUUGAAGUUGUCAUUAACUAUAGUUAUCCUUUGACCACUGAGGAUUACGUCCACAGGAUAGGAAGGACUGGUCGUGCUGGCAAGAAGGGUGUUGCACAUACCUUUUUCACUCAAGUGAACAAGGCACUUGCUGGUGAACUUGUGAAUGUUUUGCGGGAGGCUGAUCAGGUUGUUCCUCCAGCCCUUAUGAAAUUUGGCACACAUGUCAAGAAAAAGGAAUCUAAGAUAUAUGGAUCUCAUUUCAAGGAAAUCACAGCAGAUGCUCCUAAACCCACGAAGAUCACAUUUGGUGAUUCUGAUGAGGACUGA